AUGGCUGCGUCCUGGCGGGCUGUCUCUGAGGAGGGGCUGCUGAACGUGGGCGACAGCAUGGGCCACGUCCAGGACCUGCUGGUCCGCAUGCUCUCCCUGGCCGUGUGUGACCCGGGCCUGCCUCCGGGACACAAGACCAAGACCAUGCUUGGGGACCACCUGACCAACGUGGGCAUCAACCGGGACAACGUGUCGGAGGUUCUCCAGAUGUACAUGGCCGCUCACUGUGGCCAGACAGAGCUGGCUGAGCUGGCCCUGAGCCUGAAGACCAGGGCCUUCCAGGCCCACACGCCCGCCCAGAAGGCCUCCAUCCUGGGCUUCCUGGCCAACGAGCUGGCCUGCAGCAGGGGCGUGGUCAGUGAGAUAGACAAAAACCUGGACCAGAUGACCAACCUGAGGAAGGAGAAGUGGAUCAUGGAGAGCAAGCUGAAGAAGCUAAGAGCAAUCCAUGCCAAGCGGACAGGCAGGAGAGAGGCCAGCGCGGGCGGGGAGGAGACCCAGGCUGUGGGCUCCUCCUCCUCCACCCUGAAGCGCAAGAGGAAGCCGGGCGGCGACAGCGACGAGGAGGACGAGGAGGAAGAGGACAGCGACGAGCAGGCGGACGAGGAGGAGGAGGAAGAGGAGGAGGAGAUGAUGAAGAAAUGCAAAAAAGUGGAAACUUGUGACGAGGAUGAAGGAGACCAGGCCACCAGUGUUGAGGAGCUGGAGAAGCAGAUAGAGAAGUUAGCGAAGCAACACCACCAGCUGCGGAGGAAGCUGUACGAGGCCUCCCACUCCCUCCGGUCCAGCAUGUACGGCCAGGACCGCUACCGCCGCCGCUACUGGGUGCUGCCGCACUGCGGGGGGGUCUUCAUAGAGGCCAUGGAGAGCGGAGAAGCCCCGGAAGAGCUGGAGGAGGAGAGGAAGAGGAGGAGGAGGGCGGAGGAGGUGCAGGUGAAGGAGGAGCCUGUGGAGGAGGAGGUGCAGAAGGAGGAGCCCUCUAUCGCCCCGCAGGAGGUCUGCUGCCGAACGCCAGCACACCUGCCUCAGAGGAAGAGAAGGAGGAGGAGGAGGAAGAGGAGGAGGAGGAGGAGGAGAAGAGAGUUAACUUGCUGCGGCCACCAACAGGGCACCAUGCUAGCGGUCACCAUGGAAACGCCGAUCAAGGACGGUGACCCCCAACCAACGCACAACAGCACCCCUGUGGCCCCGCCUCUCGUCGCCACGGCAACUGCCUCUCCUCAGCCCGAUCUACCGGCCAGCCCCUCUGCUACCCCCCCCAUCAACGAUGCCACGCCAGCCCCCCCCACCUCCUCGCCCCCAUCCUGCUCACUCCUGCCCCCUCCCGGGGGGCUGGGCACCCAGGGGAAGCCCCCCUCCCCCCCCCAGCUCCAGUACCUCCCCAGCGACCAGCUCCUCAGAGUCCUGACGGAGCGCAGUGGACACUGGUUCACCCUCCUCCCUCGCUCCCCCUGCGACCAGACCUCCCUAAUCACUCCCCAGCCCAGGCCCCUCCAACCCGGCCCCCCCGCCUCCCCCGCCCUGCCUCUCACACCCUCCGCCGCCUCCGCCUCCGCCAGCCCUCACCACCCCGCCGGCCUCAUCAGCUACCCUCUCGCCGCCCUGCAGGUGGGGGGUAAGCCUGGGGGUCAGAUGUUGGGCCUGCCGUUCUGGCCCGGGGGGCUGUUGAGUCCCAGCAUGCCGUUCUGCAGCAGCCCCCUGCCCGGGGGGGCCACCGGGGCCCCCAGCAGCCCCCUGCCCGGCCCCUCCCUGGAGGGGGGGGGCACCGGGGCCCCCAGCAUCUCCAGCCUGGCCCAGUCGCCCCCCUCUGAGCCCCCCAGCGAGAAGCCCCCCUCGGAGCCCCCCUCGGUGCCCCCCUCGGUGCCCCCCUCGGUGCCCUCCCCCGCCCUGCAGAUGCCCAAGUCCCUUGACCACCCCCUCCCACAGCCCAUCCCUGAGGACAUGCUGAGUGGCUGGUGGAGGGUGUCGGACAUGGAGCAGCUCCGGGGCCUGACCAGGACCCUGCACAGCCGGGGCCUCCGGGAGAGAGGCCUGCAGAGACAGAUGCAGAAGUACCUGGAGCUCAUCCCACAGGUCUGCACCAAGCACAGAGAUGUGGCGAUGAUCGAGCUGUGUGACCUGGAGGAGAGCCAGGUGAGCGUGGAGUCUGUGCGGGGUUGGUGUGUGGAGGAGCAGGCCAUGGAGAUGGACAUUGCUGUGCUGCAGCAGGUGGAGGAACUGGAGAGGAAGGUCACCACGGCCAGCCUGCAGAUCAAGGGCUGGAUGUACCCUGAGCCUCAGUCAGAGCGAGAGGACCUGAUCUACCACGAGCACAAGCCUCUCUCCAAGACGACUCCUCCCUCUGACCGGGACCAGGUGGAGGAGCGGGUGGAGAAGGGUGCGGUGGGGCGGCAUGCAGACAACCCCCUGGACAUAGCGGUGACAAGGCUGGCCGAUCUGGAGCGCAACGUGGAGCGAAGGUACCUGAGGAGCCCCCUAGGCACUACCAUCCAGAUCAGGGUGGAUAAUGUUGGUACGGUCACUGUACCAGCCCCUGCCCCCUCCACUCACGCAGACAGGGAAGGGGGCGAGGAGGAGGUGGCCCAUGGGAUGAAGGUGUGGAGGAGGGCCCUGGCUGAGGUCCGCAGCGCCGCACAGCUGGCCAUGUGCAUCCAGCAGCUGCAGAAGUCCAUCGCCUGGGAGAGAUCCAUCAUGAAAGUGUAUUGUCAGAUCUGCAGGAAGGGAGACAACGAGGACCUGCUGCUGCUGUGUGACGGAUGUGACAAAGGCUGUCACACCUACUGUCACAAGCCCAAGAUCACCUGUAUCCCUGAGGGGGACUGGUACUGUCCUGCUUGCAUCUCCAAGGCGAGCGGUCCAAUUCCCAAAAGCAAGAAGCCUCUAAACAGGCCUAUAGGAGGAGGAGGAGGGGGAGGGAAGAAAGGUGGAGAGGUGAAGAAGAACGUUGGGAAGCAGACAGGGAACGGCGAGGGCUCGGAGGACGACCCCCCCAGCGCCAGCGGCACCCCCAGGAAAGGAGCCAAGGAGCCCAACAGGAAGAGGAAGUCAGAGGAGAUCCCGCCCACACCUCAGCAGCUGCCCAAUCAGGAGAGCCCUGUGUGUGUGAAGAGGGCCAAAACAGCAAGAGACAAUAACAGAGAUCUGGGCUUGUGCAGAGUGCUCCUGGCUGAACUGGAGCGCCAUCAGGAUGCCUGGCCCUUCCUGACCCCUGUCAACCUCAAGUCCGUCCUGGGCUACAGGAAGGUCAUCAAGAAGCCCAUGGACUUCUCCACCAUCCGGGAGAAGCUGGUCAGCAGCCAAUAUCAGAACUUGGAGACUUUCAUCAUCGACGUCAACUUGGUUUUCGAUAACUGCGAGAAGUUCAACGAGGACAACUCCGACAUCGGCCGAGCAGGACACAACAUGAGGAAGUUCUUCGAGAAGCGAUGGACCGAACUUCUGAAGCAAACUAACUAACCCAGCUCUGACGCUCCUCCGCUCGUCUCGGCCACCCUGGAACUCCCAUCUUCUUCGUACGUCAGAGCACCAGGACGGGGGGGCCAGGCUUCACAACACAGAAGAAGAAGAAGUGUUUUGGUUUCCGUUGGGGAAAGGUUGGUCAGGUGAGAGAUCAGCCAGGGGCGAGUCCCAGCGUUGGUUUUGCCUCAACAGGGAUCUAACAUCCAAAGAAUCCCAUAGAAACAGGAAGUGAGUGUUACACCAUUUCCUGUUCCAGACAACAAUGCACUGAAUGAAUCCUCCUCAACCAUCACAAACAUACCUGCGGUAGAAAUACUUUCCACUACUUUGUAAAUAUUCUUUUUUUAUUUAAUCGUAUUAUAGUGAAUGUAUUUAAUUUUGUAAUAAUUAUUUAUGAAUCAAUAAACAAAAAAGGUCCACUUCAUUUUCUAUGAAAAGGAAGAAUCAGUUCAACUGCUUUGAAUCGAAAAGGAAUGUGUCUUUGUGUUUUAAUUUUCUCCCAAAUAUGAAACAAAGCCAAGAAAAAACAGGACUGUUUACACUCUGCUCUGCUCGGGGUGUCAGAAGACUGUAGUCAUUAUGUUCAAACCUUAAAACUGCAUUUUAUUUACUAAAUCUGCAGAGAAACCUUCAGACAGUGCUGCGUGUGUAUAUACUGUUUAUUAAUGUCAAUAUUAAGUAUUGUUUGGAACAAUGUGUACAAAUUGUUUGAGAAUAUCAGAUAUUGUUUAUGCCUUAGAAUGAUUGUAGCAUUCUAUUUUAGUGAAAGUGAUUAAUACAUUUAUCAUAAAUAUUGUUUGUACAGUAUAUCCAUGUCCUCAGCAAGCACUGUGUUUUCCUUCAUUAGUAGUGCCUACCCUUCAAACAGGGGUGUAGGGAAAGAUAGGUUUUGAGUUAUCAUUUUAAUAAACUGUUAUUUUUUAUAUCAUUUCAAUCCGACAUGGCCUCCAAAGUCUGACAGUGACAAAGUAAUCAUUCCUAUAUACAUCCAGUGAAAAAAACGACAAAUAUUUAAGUCAUUUUUCAGUCUUUUUCCCAUUGAGCAUUGCCCCCCAUGUUUGCCUUGCCACAGUGCACAGGACAUCAGGCCAUUUGUAACCACUGUGUUUGAAUUUUGCUGUUUGUUGUGGCCUAAAGGAGGCAGCUAGAGUUUUUUGUAUCCAAGUCAGAGUGCUUGAAGUUACUUUAUUUAAGAUAUUGUGGAAUAAAAGUAUCAUUCUUUUUGUAGGAGCUUUAUUUUUCACUAGUGUGUGGCACGGACCUAUUAAAGAAAAGAUGUUUUUCAACCUAU